AGGUUGAUACAAGGAACUGUCAAUAAUCGUGCCUGGUAUGGACUUGUUGUCUGGGACGUAUAUAUUUGCUGUCCUGUUAGCAUGUGUUGUGUUUCAGUCUGGCGCCCAGGAGAAGAACUACACUGUCAGAGAAGAAAUGCCAGAAAACGUCCUGAUAGGUGAGUUGCUGAAAGACCUCAACUUGUCGCUGAUUCCAGACAAAUCCUUAACAUCUCCUAUGCAGUUCAAGCUAGUGUACAAGACUGGGGAUGUACCACUGAUUCGCAUCGAAGAAGGUACUGGUGAGAUCUUCACCACUGGAGCUCGCAUAGAUCGUGAGAAAUUGUGUGCCACGACCUUGGUGGAAGCCCGUUGCUUUUAUGAAGUGGAGGUUGCCAUUUUACCGGAUGAAAUAUUUAGACUGGUUAAGAUACGCUUUAUGAUAGAAGAUAUAAAUGAUAAUGCACCAUUAUUCCCAGCAACGGUUAUCAACAUAUCAAUUCCAGAGAACUCGGCUAUAAAUUCUCGAUAUGCACUCCCAGCGGCCAUUGACCCUGAUGUCGGAAUAAAUGGAGUCCAAAACUACCAACUAAUAAAGGGUCAAAGUAUUUUUGGGAUCGAUGUCAUUGAAACACCGGAAGGGGACAAGAUGCCACAACUGAUUGUUCAAAAAGAGUUAGAUAGAGAAGAGAAGGAUACAUAUGUAAUGAAAGUAAAGGUCGAAGAUGGUGGCUUUCCUCAAAGAUCCAGUACUGCUAUAUUGCAAGUAAGUGUUGCUGAUACAAAUGACAACCACCCAGUCUUCAAGGAGAAUGAGAUUGAAAUCAGUAUACCAGAAAAUGCUCCUGUAGGUACUUCAGUGACACAACUCCAUGCCACAGAUGCAGACAUUGGUGAAAAUGCCAAGAUUCACUUUUAUUUCAGUAAUUUAGUCUCUAGCACUGCCAAGAGGCUAUUUCAUCUCAACAGCACCACUGGACUUAUCACAAUCAAAGAACCACUGGAUAGAGAGGAAUCACCAAAUCACAAGUUACUGGUUUUGGCAAGCGAUGGUGGAUUGAUGCCAGCAAGAGCAAUUGUGCUAGUAAAUGUUACAGAUGUCAAUGAUAAUGUUCCAUCAAUUGAUAUAAGAUAUAUCAUCAAUCCAGUCAAUGGCACUGUGGUUCUUUCAGAAAAUGCCCCACUCAACACCAAAAUUGCUCUUAUAACUGUAACAGAUAAGGAUGCUGACCAAAACAGUAGAGUCACAUGUUUCACAGAUCACGAAGUCCCUUUCAGAUUAAGGCCAGUAUUCAGUAAUCAGUUCCUUCUAGAGACUGCUGCAUACCUUGACUAUGAGUCUACAAGAGAAUAUGCCAUUAAGUUACUGGCUGCAGAUGCUGGCAAACCUCCUUUGAAUCAGUCAUCCAUGCUUCUUGUCAAAAUCAAAGAUGAAAAUGACAAUGCUCCAAUUUUUACUCAGCCCUUCAUAAGUCUCUCUGUUCCUGAGAAUAACUCUCCUGGCACCCAGUUGACUAAAAUAAGUGCAAUAGAUGCAGACAGUGGACAGAAUGCUGAGAUCAGUUACUUGUUAGGCGUUGAUGCUCCAUCUGAAUUCAACCUGGAUCAGCAUACAGGCAUUCUGACAGCAGUGAAGAAAAUGGAUAGAGAAAAACAGGAAAAAUAUUCUUUCACAGUUCUGGCAAAAGAUAAUGGGAUGCCACCCUUAAUGACCAAUGCCACUGUCUUGGUAACUGUUCUUGAUCAGAAUGACAACAGUCCAAUUUUUACUCACAAUGAGUACAACUUCUAUGUCACAGAAAAUCUUCCAAGACAUGGCACAGUAGGUCUGAUCACUGUAACUGACCCUGAUUAUGGGGAAAAUUCUGCAGUAACUCUUUCCAUUUUAGAUGUGAAUGAUGAGUUUACCAUCGAUCCACAGACUGGUGUCAUCCGACCAAAUAUCUCAUUUGAUAGGGAAAAGCAGGAAUCUUACACUUUCUAUGUAAAGGCAGAGGAUGGUGGUAGGAUACCGCAUUCUUCAACUGCCAAAGUAACUAUUAAUGUAGUUGACGUCAAUGAUAACAAACCAGUUUUUGUUGUCCCUUCUUCUAACUACUCCUAUGAAUUAGUUCUACCAUCUACUAUUCCAGGCACAGUGGUCUUUACUGUAGUUGCUAUUGACAAUGACACGGGUAUGAAUGCAGAGCUCCGUUACAGCAUUAUAGGAGGAAACAACAAAGGUCUUUUUAUAAUUGACCAAACAACAGGCAACAUUACUUUGAAGGAGAAAUGUGUUGUUGCAGACCUUGGUUUACACAGAUUAGUAGUCAAAGUUAAGGACUUAGGACAACCUGAUUCUCUGUUCAGUGUUGUUUUUGUUAAUCUAUAUGUGAAUGAGUCAGUGACUAAUGCUACGUUUAUUCAUGAACUGGUGCACAAAAACAUCAGAACACCAGUCACCCAAAAUAUUGAGACAGCUGAUAUAUCUUCACCAACCAGUGACUACGUCAAGAUCAUGGUUGCCAUCGUUGCUGGUACCAUAACUGUCAUCCUUGUUAUUUUCAUCACUGCUGUAGUACGAUGCCGGCAAUCACCACACCUUAAGGCUGUUCAGAAAAACAAACAGAAUUCUGAAUGGGUUACUCCUAACCCAGAAAACAGGCAGAUGAUAAUGAUGAUGAAGAAGAAGAAAAAGAAGAAGAAGAAGAAAAAGAAGAAGAGGAAACAUGUACCUAAGAAUUUGUUGCUGAAUUUUGUCACUAUUGAAGAAACUAAGACCGAUGAUAUUGACAAUGAUGGAAACAGUGUCACACUAGACCUCCCUAUUGAACUGAAAGACCAAACCAUGAGCAAAUACAACUGGGACACUACACCUACUACUUUCAAGCCUGACAGUCCUGAUUUGGCUCAACACUACAAAUCUGCCUCUCCACAGCCUACCUUCCAGAUACAGCCUGAAACUCCCCUAAACUCCAAGCACCACAUCAUCCAGGAACUUCCUCUUGAUAAUACAUUUGUGGCAUGUGAUUCUGUCUCUAAGUGUUCUUCCAGCAGUUCUGACCCCUACAGCAUUUCUGAGUGCAGCUAUCCAGUGAUAACAUUCAAGACCCCUGUGUCUGUACACACCAAACUGCCAAUGAAGGAAGCUUUGCAAUCUUGUACCCCCAAGAAAGAGUCAACAACUGUGGAGAUAUGGACUCAUUCCCAAUCACAGUGGAAAUCUGAAGGGAAAAAAACAGGAAAGUCCCAGCGGCGUGUCACAUUUCACUUGCCAGAAGGCUCUCAGGAGAGCAGCAGUGAUGGUGGACUUGGAGACCAUGAUACGGGCAGUCUUCCCAGCACAUUUCAUGCCUUACCCCUUGGCUAUCUUCAGGAAGAGUACUUUGAUCAUGCCGUACCCAACAACCGCACUGAAGGGGAUGGCAACUCUGAUCCUGAAUCUACUUUCACUCCUGGACUAAAGAAAGCUACAGAAAUAACUGUUCAACCAACUGUGGAAGAGAUCUCUGACAACUGUACUCAAGAAUGUCUCAUCUUGGGUCAUUCUGAUGCCUGCUGGAUGCCUACUUCUCUGACCCAUUCUAGCCCUUCACAGCCACAGACUUUUGCUCUAUGUCACAAUCCAUCCCUGAUACAAGUCUCUGUUUGUUCCUGCAGUCCUCCUGUGACACAGACCAUAGCUCUUUGCCACAACCCUCUCGUGACUCAGGCUAUCUCUCUGUGCCAUAGCCUUCCAACAGGACAAGGGUCUGCUCUCCACCAUAGUUCUCCUCUAGCACAAGCUCCUGCUCUUACCCACAGUCCCCUACCAGCACAGGCCUCGGCCCUCCACUACAGUCCUCCCUUAGCUUAGGUUGCUGGAAUCCAUUCCCGCCCUCCUAUGCCACACGAUGCUGCCAACCAUCGUAUACUUACACAGCCACCAAUGGGUUUGUAAUAAGUUUGAGUGCAAGGUGCUGGAUCUGAUAGACUGUUUACUCUUGACCAGAAAGUGCAAAGUUCUCAGAUUUAUAGCUGUUCUGAAAGACUUUAUUCUAGUGAUAAUUCUGUAGCCAUUCCCAUGACAAUCUUUACUCUAGGCCAAUAGGCCAGACCGUCUUGAAGUGAUAACCCCUUUGUGGAAGAAAAACCCCUAAAAUACUUAAGAUGGCCAUUUCACAUUUUGCAAUAGGAUGUAUAUAAUGAAAAUUUAAG